ACAAAACAGAAGAGUCGUGCUGGCUCUUCUCUGUCUCCAUCUCUCUCUCUCUCCUCGAAUGUUCGAUGGUGUAAUCUCUCUCUUCCUUUUUUCCUAAGAGAGAGACAGAUUUCAGAAUUUCGGUGGUUGGAUCUCAUUUGGGGAAUUCUACUCAACGGAAACCCUAAUUGUUGAAGCUGUUAUAGAAAUAUAUAUAGUGUUUUCUCGGUGACUGUGAUCUGAUCGGAUCUGACUAUGGCUUCCGCGAAGACAGCUCGGUCCAGAGGCACUCCGGUCAAAGAGAACGGCGCCAAGUUGGAGGAGGGCCUUAAUGUCUUCAAGUCUGAUAAAUUCGAUGCCCAGACCUACGUACCGUCCCGCUGCUCUCUCAACGAGAAGGAAAUAAAACAGUUAUGUUCAUAUCUUUUGGAUUUGAAGAAAGCGUCUGCUGAAGAAAUGCGUAAAAGUGUCUAUGCUAAUUAUGCAGCUUUCAUACGGACGUCUAAAGAGAUUUCAGAUUUAGAGGGGGAGCUUUCUUCUAUCCGUAAACUGAUGUCUACCCAAACUGCAUUAAUUCAUGGUUUAGCAGAGGGAGUUAACAUUGAUUCAUUGUCUAAAUCUGCUCCUGAUGGUUCAACUGCAAAUUCUCCAUCAGUUUUUGAAGAUAAGGAACCUUCAGAUUUGGAGAAAUGGUUAGUAGAGUUUCCUGAUCUCUUAGAUGUUUUGCUAGCUGAGAGGAGAAUAGAUGAAGCCUUGGCUGCACUUGAUGAAGGAGAACGUGUAGUUUUUGAAGAAAAAGAAGCAAAGCAAUUGAGUCCUGCUAUGCUCUCGUCUCUCAAGACUUCUAUAAUAGAGCACAGGCAAAAGUUGGCUGAUCAGCUUGCCGAAGCUGCUUGCCAGCCUUCUACACGUGGUAGUGAGCUUCGUGCAGCUAUUUCAGCUCUUAAAAAGCUUGGGGAUGGCCCUCGUGCUCAUACGUUAUUAUUGAAUGCACACCUCCAAAGAUAUAAAUAUAAUAUGCAAAGCCUUCGUCCAUCAAGCACUUCAUAUGGAGGGGCAUAUACUGCUGCUCUAUCACAGCUAGUUUUUUCUGCUAUUGCUCAAGCUGCUACUGAUUCCAUGGCCAUUUUUGGUGGGGAACCAGCUUAUACUUCUGAACUUGUAAUGUGGGCUACUAAGCAAACAGAAGCUUUUGCUCUUCUUGUUAAAAGACAUGCAUUAGCUUCAUCAGCUGCUGCUGGAGGUUUAAGAGCUGCAGCGGAAUGUGUUCAAAUAGCAUUAGGCCAUUGUUCCUUGUUGGAGACUCGGGGUUUGGCACUUUGUCCUGUGCUUUUAAAACUUUUUAGACCUAGUGUUGAACAGGCACUAAAUGCUAAUUUGAAAAGAAUUGAAGAAAGCACUGCUGCCUUGGCAGCUGCUGAUGAUUGGAUACUCACUUACCCUUCAGUUACAGCGCGUCAAUCUGGCAGACUGUCAAGUUCAGCUGGUAAUACGCUGGCAUUGCAACAUAAACUUACAAGUAGUGCUCACCGGUUCAAUUUGAUGGUUCAGGACUUCUUUGAAGACGUAGGACCAUUACUAAGUAUGCAGUUGGGAGGUCAAACAUUGGAAGGUUUAUUUCAAGUGUUUAACACAUAUGUGAGCAUGCUCAUAAAAGCCUUACCUGGUUCAAUGGAGGAAGAAGCUGCCUUUGAAGGUUCUGGAAAUAAAAUUGUUAGAAUGGCUGAGUCGGAGGCUCAGCAAAUUGCGUUGCUUGCCAAUGCUUCAUUAUUAGCCGAUGAACUACUUCCACGUGCAGCCAUGAAGUUGUCUCCUUUGAAUCAGGGUAAUUAUGACGAUCCACGUAGAAGAUCUUCAGAUAGGCAAAAUCGUCAUCCUGAGCAAAGAGAAUGGAAGAGGCGGCUUGCUGGCUCAAUCGAUAGACUAAAAGAUACUUUUUGUCGGCAACAUGCUCUAGAUCUCAUAUUUACAGAAGAUGGUGAUAGCCAUCUUACAGCAGAUAUGUACAUAAACAUGGAUGGAAAUGUAGAUGAGAUAGAUUGGUUUCCAUCGUUUAUAUUCCAGGAACUUUUCUUAAAGCUGAACAGAAUGGCUGCCUUAGCUGCAGAUAUGUUUGUAGGCAGAGAAAGAUUUGCUACAUUGCUACUAAUGAGACUAACUGAAACAGUCAUCUUGUGGCUCUCAGACGACCAAAGCUUUUGGGAUGACAUUGAGGAUGGUCCAAGGCCCCUUGGUCCUCUUGGCCUGCAACAGUUCUAUUUGGAUAUGAAGUUUGUUAUGUGCUUUGCUUCACAAGGCCGAUUUUUGUCUCGAAUUCUGAAUCGAGUUGUAAAUGAGAUCAUAUCAAAAGCCAUGGCAGCAUUUGUCUCAACGGGGAUGGAUCCAAAUAGUGUGCUACCGGAAGAUGAUUGGUUCAACGAAGUAUGCCAAGACGCAAUAGAAAGAUUGAGUGGAAAACCAAAAGGCAUAAAUGGAGAACGUGAACUGAACAGCCCUACAGCAUCUGUUUCAGCUCAAUCGAUCUCGUCUGUUAGAUCUCAUGGGAGUUCAUGAAAAUGCAAAAAGAAAUUUCAUUUUGUUGGCAAAUCCUUGUAAUCAUCAGAAGUAAGGAUUUCUCCACUAUUUUUGUUAAUAUUUUAUUGUCUUACUCUCUUUUGCUUCUUUCUUGAGAUAUUGUUCAAGGUUGAUAAUUGAGGUUAUAUCUUCUAUGGUUACAAAUUAUAUUAUUCUUUUGUGAGUGA